UGUCUUCCGAAAUUAGGUGGAUAUAGAACAAAAUUUACUCAACCUAAGUCAAUACGUACGUUUAUAGUUGGAUAUCAGCUAAUUGGUUAAACUCAAUGUCGUUUGCCGUGAAAAGUCAUAUAAUUAGCCAACUGGUCAGCUGUGACUAGUAGCUCGAGGUUCGACUUGCUAGUUCACUUAUUUUCAGGCGACACUGAGCAAGACAAGUUUUAGCCUGUGUUACUGGAUAAAAGUACAUCGUGGGGUUUAUAUCGCAAGAUGUCGACGGAAGCAACAGUACUUUAUCGUUGUUAAUUCCUACAUUCUUUUCCACUGGACAUAACCAGCUGCUUUUAACAAGACGGGGGCGUUAAGUGAGAUUAGUGUACGUUAGCUUAAUAGCUAGUAAAUAGCAUUGGCAGUUGCCCCCGGCGUCGUUCAACAUGGACUUCGACAGUGUGCUAUCCAUUGCUUCCCAAAACCAAGGCCUCAGCAGCAUACCGAAAAGGUAUAGCUUAAAGACUGGGCCUCCAAAAAAGGACCCUAAAGUGAAAGGUGUUGAUUCAGCUGCUGUGCAGGCCUUCUUGAAAAAGCAAAAGAUGGAACAGCUAAAAAAAGACAUACAAAGUAAGAAACAGAAAGAAGUGCUUUUGGCAAAGAGAGUGGAACUCAAAUCGGACCGAAAGGCUCGUGCAAUGGCAUCAAGGACCAAGGACAAUUUCAAAGGUUACAAUGGCAUUCCAGUUGUAGAUCAGCCCAAGAAGAGACAGUCAAAGGAAGAGAUGUCAAGGCAGGAGGCGCAAGGAGGUGAGGCUUUUGAUGAGGACAAUUACGAAUACGUGGCAACUGAUUCUGAAUCUGAGCCAGAGCCUGAGCCUCUUAAACCUCAGUCCCGUGGCGACAUGCAAAGCAAAGCCCUUAGUAAGAUGAAGAAGCCCAGUGCUCCAGCUAAGCCUGCCCCACCACCCAUGAACUUUGCAGACCUUCUGAAGCUGGCACAGAAAAAGCAGUUUGAACCAGUUGAAUUAAAACCAACAAAAAAGACAGAGGAGAGGCUUCGAACAGCGGAUGAGUUGAGAGAGUUAGAAAUAGAGCGAAAGGUUAAGAAACAGGACAAAGUGAAAGAUUCUAAAUCAGAAAGACAUGUGAGCCAGAAAGAAAGUAGAUCUCAGUCCAGCACAAAUUCCCAUAAGAAAACCACAUCUGACAAGGACAUUAGGGAAGGGAAAUCGCAUAAGACCUCUGUGGAGAAGCUCUCAUCUAGUAGUGCCAGUAAGAAGCCAAAGCCCCAUGUGCCUAGUGAAGGAUCUCACAGUUCUGCCAAGCUGUCUCAGGGAGACAGACCCAAACCCAGCUCAAGCUCCUCAGGUGCCUUAAAUGCUAAGGCUGGCAUGAAAGGUGGCUCUCAGACUCCAGCCAAACAGUCUGUCCCUAAGCCAGGACAAAAGCCCGUCUCCACAGGUGGCCUUACUCAAAAGAAAGGUAACCCCUCAUUACCUCAAGGAAUAUCAGAGUCCUCUAGGAUAAGACAUGGAACUACCCCGAAUUCUGCAGCUGCAAAACCCGCAGGUUUGGGCCAAAGACCGAUCAAGAGCUCUGGACCAAUCAAAUCAAAUCAUGUGAACUCAGAGAAGGGGAGACCUACGGCAACUCUAAAAUCUGGAAAGGGAGAACCAGCACGACCUGGAAAUAAUUCCAUGCCUCGACCAGGCGUCAACGGUUCUGUUCGCCCAAUGCCCAGUGGUCCAUCUAAGCAUGGAAACAUCCCACAGCCAAGACCAGGAAGUAGUUUACAGGUUCGACCACCACCUGCAGGCGCCAGGCCCCCUACCAAUGGGCCCAGCCGGCCCAUAGGUGGCAUGCCUGGGCGGCCAGUGACCAGCUUGGCCUCAGGUCCCGGGAGACCCAAGUGCACUGUUGUCUCUGAGACCAUUUCAUCAAAGAACUUUGCUCCUAGACCUGGAAUGGCUCCUAGACCUGGAAUGGCCCCAAGACCUGGAAUGGCCCCAAGACCACCAGGCCACAGACCUAUGAUGAGACCACCUGGAACAAUGCUGCCACCAAUUACAAACCCAUAUAAACGGCAAUAUGAGGAUGAUGAAGAACAUGACUCUGAAAUGGAUGACUUCAUCGAGGACGAAGGGGAAGAUCAAGAUGAAAUUUCAAAACAUAUCAGGGAAAUCUUUGGUUAUGACCGGACCAAAUAUAAAGACGAGAGUGACUAUGCACUGAGAUUCAUGGAGAGCAGCUGGAGAGAUCAGCAGAAAGAGGAGGCAAAGAGUUUACGACUGGGUAUCAAGGAAGACGAAGAGGAAAUGCGUUUGGAGGAAGAGGAAAGAAAACAAAAUUUAGCUAUGAAAGCAAAACGCCGAAAACUUUAAUGAAAACCCCCAUGAUAUGAACUGUUAGAGAGAGCGAGAGAAAGCUAGUGGCUAAGGGUGAUAAGAAUGCCUCUUGCUACUAUGAAAUGGUGUUACAUUAUUUAUUUUAAAAUCCUUGGAGGAGGAGGUUUGCACUAUCACGAGCCUAUUUUUCAUCGUGCAGAUGCAGAGAAUAUAAUAUAUGACAAAUAACUGACUGCAUUUUUUGUAUCAGUAAAAAACUCUUGGCAUUAUGUUAAUGUUAUUGCCCUUACACCACAGGCAAUGACAGCUUCGAUAUUUGUCCGUUACAAAACAGAGAUCGGUUGUCUAAUUUUAUUAUUUGUAUUUAAUUGAUGACAGAGAAAACUGCCAUUUUUUGCAAUGUAUUGCCUUUUUUCUUGUUAAAGUGAU